CUUACAAACAAAUAUUCCUCCAAGAGCGUUGGACGUUUUGACGACACCGUAAUUGAACACCUUGUCUGACUUGUAAUUAUCGAACAUGUAUCAGGAUGUCGUGAAUCACUAGUGUGGAGUACAAAUAUCAGAUGCCACAUUGCUGUAAGCUUCAAUACCUAGGCUAGUCAAACGAGGACUUGACACACUCUCUGUCCGACUACAAGCACAAUGUCUCUUCCUGAUGUUGGAGAUACUGGUCAGCGAGAUGCGCUUUCAGAAACAAUCAGCAAAUUCUUGGCAGAGGAAUCAGAAAGACAGAAAGUAGAGAAAUCACCAAGGACAGCUGGCAUAGAGAAGGAUGUGGAACACCUCAAAGUAAUGCAGGCAGAGGAAAAAUCAUCAGUGAUGGAUUAUGUAGGAGAAGUUGUAGACCACGUUGAAGGAAAGCUGAAAGUGCCGAGCUCACCUGGGCCGACAGAUGGAGGGAAUGAUGUUGAUCAAGUGGAGGGAGAGCAGAAGAUGGAGGGAUCACCAGGCCUUGAUAGGAUGGAAGAACCUGAUGAUCAUGAAAAGACAGAUGAGAUUGCUAUGGCAACCGAAAUGGAACCAGCAGACAUCAAGAUGGAUGCGGUCAGGGAGGAAACGGAGACAGAAGAAGAAAAUAAUCAAAGCUUGUGCUUUUCUCAGGAGCCUUUCCUAAUUGCAAAGAUGUCUUCAGAAUUCAGCAAGGUCAAAGGCAACUUCCUGAAAGGGUGUAAAUGGUCUCCAGAUGGGCUGUGUAUUCUAACAAACAGUGAAGACCAAACCUUGAGACUCUUCAACCUUCCACCGCAAGCUUAUGGAACAGACAUCAGCACUGACGAUCAGAGCAUUGGCCAAGAGAGGGAGCCAGACUCAGUACUACAGAUCCAAGAAGGAGAGCUUAUAUAUGACUACUGCUGGUAUCCUAAGAUGGACUCUUAUCUACCAGAAACAUGCUGUUUGGCAAGCACAAGUCGAGACCACCCCAUACAUCUAUGGGAUGCAUUCACUGGAAAGCUCAGAGGGACUUAUAAGCCAAUGAAUUCAGUGGAUGAGCUUACCACUCCACAUUCACUCUGUUUCUCUAAGAAUGGACGACGUUUGUUUUGUGGUUUCAACAAGACAAUCAGGAUCUUCUAUACGGAUAGACCAGGAUCACAAUGUGAAGUCGUACCAACAAAAAAGAAGAAUAUGAAUGGUCAGACUGGUAUAAUUUCUUGUUUUGCUAUGGCUCCUGAAAUCAAGAUGUAUGCUGCAGGAUCGUACUCAAAAUCUGUUGGUCUGUAUACGAAUGACAACAAUAAUUUGGUAUGCCUCCUUGAAGGACAGAGUGGUGGAGUAACCCAUCUCAUGUUUUCAUCAGAUAUGAAUAGACUGUACAGUGGAGGCAGAAUGGAUCAGGAGAUUCUUUGUUGGGAUGUGCGUAAACCUGGUCAGAUUCUGUUUACAGCUCUGAGGGAGGUCUCUACACAUCAGAGAGUGUACUUUGAUGUAGACAGUACUGGUCAAUACCUAGUAUCAGGAAAUCAGAAUGGUAGUGUGAGUAUAUGGGACACAUCACAGCCUCCUACAUCAUCCAUGAAUGACACAGAUCCUAUACUACUACCAUGCUACAAGUACAAGGCUCAUGAUGACUGUGUCAAUGGUAUCAGCCUUCAUCCCCAUUUGCCUGUCAUGGCAACAACAUCUGGUCAGCGUCAGCUGAAGUGUCCAGGGAAGAGCUUGACCAGUACUAGUGAUGAUGAUGACAGUGAUGAGGAGAUGGAUUAUCUACGCCCCACUGACCAUUCUCUCAAGCUUUGGUCACUUCGUCAGAGGUCUUCAGUCAGAUGAUGUCCAGUAAUACUACUGUUCAGCAGUGACUGAACAUAAUUGCAACAUGAAGCACCAACCAGACUUGAACAGGAUUGCUUCCUCUCAGGUUCUCCACAUCGUAAGGGUUGAAUCACUGUGAGUUGUUGGAGACCAACGUGAUGAGUUGCCUGGAUCCUAGCAGUUUCUCCACACCCUGGGAAAGAAUCACAGUGAUUGAACAGGCCAUUUGACAAGACAUAUAUGUUUGAACCUCAGAGUUGCCGGACAUCAUCAUCAUGUGUUGCAUUGGAUCCUUGCUGCUUCUCUGCACCCUGGGGAAGAAUUACAAUGAUUGAAUGGACCCUUUCACAAGAUAUGUAUCUUUACACCUCAGCAGAGUUGUUGGAGACUAUCAUCACGUGAUGUCUUGCAUUAAAUCCAGUUUGUUUCUCCUCACCCUGGGGAUGAAUGGUCACGAAUUAACAGGCAAUUCAACAAAUUAUACAUUUUGAACCUUAGCAGAGUUGGAGUCCAUCAUAACAUGUUUCAGUUCAUCCUGUUUCUUCACAUUCUUCCGAAGAAGAAUAACAACAACCUCCUUUCUAUCCUCUCUCUCUCGAUCGCUCUGUCGAUUGUCGAUUGACCGAAUGAGAGAUGUUUACACAUGCACGCUGAUCAACGGAUGUACGCACUCUUACCAUAAAUUACCUCUCCAAACCAUCACGCGUCGACCGGUCACCGUCUGCCAUCCCCGCCAUGGGCAGCGGUAUAGACUGUGCUCAGCAUCGCGCUAACUUGCUGUGCUGGCCAUGUGAUUUGCGACCGUAUUUGGUAUGUCGCAAGCGCAAUGUGUACGAAGGGGCUCGGCCUAAUUUUUCUAACUGGGUAUUUUUUGUGAACUAUCAUAAAACUUUUCCAUUGAAUUUGACAUAUUUGUGGGAAAAUACUUGUGACCAUCAUCACCAGAGUCUUUGGAUUAUGAUUCUCUGCCACUGCACUGGAUAUAAACAGCCAAGAUGAAUACGAAAGUGAUAGAGAGGACGGACAUUUUCAAGACCUUGGAACUAAACAUUAUGAACAAAUGGAACUGGUCAUGGAUGGAGGAUUAAGAUAACAAUGGAAAUUUUACGUCAGAAUAUAUUUGCAAGAUAAACCAACCUGGUGCUGCUUUAAUUAGAGAAACUCUUGUUAUAGGGAGUUGUCUCUGUCCUUGGGCACUGCCCCUGCCCGCAAAAAAAUUUCAGGGUUUUUGGAGGACACCGAGUGGCAUGCCUGUUCAAUUGAAAAGAAAUUGUAAUUGAACAUUUCUUCAAUUACGUAAUUGUAAUUGAAGAAAGUAAUUGAGCCUAACCCUGCUGAUUAAAUGGACCCUUUCACAAGAGCAACAUGUAUUAUUAUAAUGUCCAUUUGGCAUGAAAGAAAAACUGCUGGUUUACUAUCUGCACUUUACAUCAUAGUUCAAUUGGACAACUCGUGAAAUUCAUUCAUUUAUUCAUUUAUUUAACAAUAAAUUUAUUAACAAAUUUUUCAUAUCUGGGAGAAGAGAUCAAGAUUCAUUAAUACAAGCCUAGCGAUUGAUCGUGUUUAUUUCUAUAAUAAUUGCAUUGAUGUUUAUGUGGAAUCAAUCUUAAAAAAUAGACAGUAUGAUCAAUUGCUGUGUUAUGUGUUACUUGGCAUUGACAACUGCAAUGAUUGAUCAAACAGAUAAUUAUAAUAAUAAUAAUAAUAGCGGCAUAUUUACCCAGGGUAGCCACUUCAGUUCCGAAAACUGUUCUCCCAGCGGGCCCUGCUUUAGCACGGCUACCUUUAUCGGGCGCUCGAGCAUUCGAGGAAUUUCUUCCUACCGGGUACCCAUUCACCUCACCUGGGUCGAGUGCAGCAAAAUGUGGAUAAAUUUCUUGCUGAAGGAAAUUACGCCAUGGCUGGGAUUCGAACCCACGACCCUCUCUUUCAAAGUCCGGAGACUAAUCCACUGGGCCACAACGCUCCACUAAAGGUGGUACUAUCAUAUAUAUAUAUUUUUUUAAUUUAUUUACAUUUUAUUCUCAUUGACUAUUUUUAUACAGGAGAGUUAAAUGUGAGGAGUGUAAAAGGAGAAUUCUAAGUCUUCAUGAUUUGAACUGCCUUCCUACCUUAUUGUUCAGAAAAAGAAAUAGUGUACAAACCAAUGUAUUUAAUAUAAAAUGUAAACUACAGCUAUAUUCACUACAUUUUGUACUUGACAUGUUGUGUUUAUAUGCAGAAAAUGACUGCGUACAUGUGCAUGGGUGCAGUAUUCUGAGGCCAUUUUAUCUUCUUUUUUUUUAUAGAUCUGUAAAAAUUUGGUAUUUUAAGACCACUUUUUACCACUCAGAUAAAAUAUGAAAUUUUACCCGAGAUGAAUUUUUAUCUUGCGUAUGUAAAGAUGAUACCUAGGAGAGCAGUGCUUGCAUAGAAAUAUCUGUUGCAUAUCUAACCUUUUGCAACGCAGAUGAUAUUCCUUCGCCCAUUUUACUUUGAAGAAAAAUAAAGUACCGGGAAAGUAAACUUAAAAUAGGGUGGGGGAGGGGGUUAUAUUAUCUCUGCAUCAGCGAAUUCAGCAAUAUUUCUAGUUGAAUUUGCUUUUGGAUGUUGGGAAUUGACGCACUCUUACUCCUUUGCCACACCUACUGACGGUAAAAAUUUUCAUUGCUUUAGUGAGAUGAGAGUGCUAUAAAACAGCAUUUUCAUAUUUGGACAUUGGUCCUUAAAUAGGUGUGCUGAACAGAGAUAAAAAUGAAGAUAAAAUAGUUCUCAGAAUACCAAUUUGGAGAUAAUGUAUUUACAGGGUAUUUGAUAUCACAGAUUUUAAUGGAGAUAAUUUAAUUUUUUUUUUAUCUAAGAUAAAAUGGAUCUCAGAAUACCACCCCUGUACUUGAUGAUUCUCUGUGCCAAUAGAUUAAAGAUUUAAAAGAAUAAAACUCAAUUGAAUUUAAUUUUCAGAGUAUUUUCUCCUGUUUAACCUUUCCAUUCACUGAGGCAUAAAUUCAUGAAUGUUUGUCCGGAUAAAACAUGGCUUUAAACAAUGAAUUAAACAUGAUUAGCAAAAUGUCACAGCAUAUAAUUGCAGAUAUGUGAUUCAUUACCAACUGUGCUACUCUUUCAGGCAUGAAUUCAUCUGAAGCCCAGUGCACACCUUUGCAAUCCAAUAUGACAUGAUUUUUUAAUAAAUCACGUUUUGUAUUAAAUCUAAAGGUUCCAAGAAAAAAAACUAUUUCAUUUCAAGUUCGGCCUAUUGUUAGGAGUAAUAAAAUCCUGUGGUCGGAGUAAUGUCCAAAUAGGCUUCAAGUCGCAGCCGAUGAUGACGUCAUUACCAUUUGGAAUUGAAUUUGUUUUUAUUCCUACAAGGAGGCUUGAACUAGACUGAAUUUUGAUUUAAGUUUAUCUUACCACUAUUCUGAACUCUGAACGUUAAGAUUUUAUUGGUUGGAACAUUCAUAUCAAAUGUUAUUACACUUUCUUUGAAAUUCGGAUCGCAACGGAUCGUAUUGUGCACUGGGCAUAAGAUUUUACAUCAUAGGAAGGAAAAACCUGUUCUGUAUUUUUCAGUGACAAAACGAAGGAUAACGCAAUUUUCAACUUGAGAAUCCUAGAAAACGUUAGUCUCAGUGCACGGCAAAUAAAUGAUAAACAUUGCAAAAACGUUUGAUGGUUAGAUUUUUUUUUUUUUUUUACAGUUUUCUAUUCAAUUUCACUUUGAUUUUCAUGAUUUUCACUAAUUUUCGUAAUUCAAAUUUUGGGGCCAAAAUUGUGUUUUCUGUGAAAUCACAUAAAUUCUGUGAAUUUUUUCUUUUAUCAUGGAAAACAUAUUUUUAUUACUGUCUAAAGAUGGAAUCAAGCCACUGUCUUAUUGAGAAGCACUGUGGUGUCCCAUGUUCUUUGCAAAAUAAUGCAUGUAACAUGUUACACCAAGAAGCUUUCUCUGCCUCAGCACCUUCACUCUGGAAUAAUUUGCCGUUGAAUUUGAGAAUUAUACCAUCACUGAAGACCUUCAAAUCUAA